AUUUUAUUUUUUUUUUACCCUCCCUCCUUCCCUCCCCCUUCCCUUCUUCCUGUUGUUGUUAUUGUUGCCACGGAUCAAUCAUCACUCGCCAACAAUAGCAAGACGGCUCGCCUUUUCCACUUUCCCACCCCCUCCCCUAGCGAAAAGUCACAAAUUAUGUAUGGCUCCAUGCGAAGCGAACCUUUCACUUCUCCAUUCCUCUUUAGCUCCCUUUAGCAAUUGCCGAGGCGGCGGCGGAUCAUUAAGCCACAAAAAGGGCAGAAGAUUGUAUCAGUACGUCAAAUGGGGCGAUAGUAGUCAGUCGGACCUAGUCAAAACGUUCUCACCAAGUCUUCAGGGGAGGUCAUGCAACGUCGAUCGAGCCAUCGGAUUCGUGGCUUUGCCUCCAUCGCCGCAAGACGGGGUCAGGAUCAAUAUCGGAAUGCUUCGCUCGACCUUUCUCUCAUCGUGCCUCCCGCUAUCCUGACUAGUGCCACUGAUAAUGCACCUAGACGGUACUACAACCGGAGGUAUCUUAACCCCCUCAGUUACUUACAACCCAAGUCUUGCAAUUGCCACCACUAGUGUUUUUGCCUGCCGUAGACGAGUUGCCAAAAAAGCACAUUUAUGUUCCACCUGCAGCAAUAGGAAGAAAAAAUAAUAAAAAUAAAAUAAGAACGAUGCAUCUGUAUACGGAGGAGUAAGUACUUUGUGCUGGAUGUCGAUGUAUCGUCCUUUUGGUCCCAACCCCCCCAAUCUGGUAGUGGAGGUGGGCUGGCGUACUUUUCCCUCUCUGGUCGGAUUUUAAGCUCCACCACAAAAAAAGUCAACGGCUUGGGGCAGGACGAUCCAUUCCCGCGGGUUCGACACACCUUCUGACGGAUCAUGGCUGGGA